AUGUCCCCUCUUGGGCGUGCCCGCGACAAGCAGUGUGUUUCUAAGGAACGAUCUCAGCGCGGUUCUAAGAAAGACAACCCUGCUAGCGACGGAGAUGUCAUGGAGGUCCGACCAAUAGUGCGUUCCCUCCGGAGCGGCAGGCAACAAAAGACAACUGAAACCCCUGCCAAGAAUGAAGGCUUGAAGACCGAAGGCGGGGACGGUCCUACGCAGGUAUACAAGACGACGCUGGAAAUGGAAGCGGACCUCCCGGAGCCUCACGACCUUGUCUAUCGCCUCCGCACAGCAAAACUCCCCGAGAACAUGAAACACCUGACGCUAUUCAACGCGGACGGCGUUGGUUGUGUCGUGGAAGCUUCGGACAUCGUCACCAUCGCCGACGGUGAAUGUAUCACCGACGCCAUCGUUGACUUUCACAACGUGCUACUGAGCAUUCGGUGCCCCACGACGCCCAACGGCUCAACAUGGGCCGCCGUCGACAGCAAGGCUUUUGACUACUGCAACUCGUUCAAGAAGCCUUACACUAUGGGCAACUCUUCUCGAAUCUUUGACGUGGACUUCUUGGCCAUUCCGAUCUUCAAAAGUUCGCACUACUCGCUUAUGGUCGUGCCGUCCCCAAAGCGGCUGCUACGCGCCACCACGGAUGAAGCCACUGGCCCUUUGGAGUUGAUCUUACUCGACAGUUACGGCACGCACCGUGACGACCCAUCUGUGUUUGAUCGCGUCAAACUGUUUCUGGAGCUAACCGCCAAGGACUUACACCCGGAGUGCGAUGAAGCCACGAUUGUUGCAAAUCUGAUGGAGGCGAAACCCAUUCCGAUGAAGAAGCAUCAGGUGCAGCAGCAGGACAACACGCAUGAUUGUGGCAUCUUUGUGUGCCAAUUUCUGAAGGUGUUGGUGGACACUGACUUCAAGACACUACGAUCUUACCUGUACUUGGGGGGCGUCAGUGCGUUGGAGAUGCGGCGGGACAUGCGGGUGGACCUAUGCAUGCAUGCGGUGGAAGACCUUAUACCGACGCUAGCGAGGCUGGGAGUGGUGGUCCCGAGGCAACCCGCCCCCAGGGUCGCGAAGCAUGGGGCGGUAGUCGAUUCAGGUGCGGAGGAUGGCAACACGAAGCUAACACGGAUGCAGGUGGAGCACUACAGUAUGAAGCGGGACUUGACGAUCUGGAAGGCAGCUGUCACAGCUGUUGGAGCGGCCAUGGGGUACAGUGUCGACCAGCUCAUUGCUGGAGCUGCCCACGUCCUGCAGCAGCAAGCUUCUGAUGGGGAAGCGGCGACACCUGGGUGCAGUGGGUCCACUGCACCGUCCACGCCCAACCCACGUGCAGGCGCGCGGCCAGGAGCCCCCGACAGCCCCGGUUCCAAAGGAGAACCUCCUGUGAGUGUUGGCCAGGGUGGUGCUGGCACCACAAAUGUCGACCUAGGGGUGGUACAUCCCUGCCCGUCCCCGCUGCCCGUGCCGGCGAAGCCGUUGUGGUCGCAGAAGGCAGCCCCGGUGUGUGUGCCCUUCACGCAUGAGGCAGCGCAUACGGUCGUUCACCCAGGUGGGACGAAGCCCGUGGUAUUGGCUAUGCUGGCAAAGAGGAAACGAGACGACACUCCUUCGCCCGGGAGUGAUGCUGAGGGCGCCGUCCCCGCUAGCAAAAGCAAGGGUAAUGGACAGGGUCGGAGCUCCAAAUGGAAGGGUGUGCGGAAAGAGAAACGGGGGAGGUGGAGCGCCAAGAUACUGUUCUGGGAGAAGGAUAAGCCCAAGUACAACAAGGAAUUGGAGGCAGCCACUGCGUACGCAGCAGCUGUGCACGUGGUCAAGGAGGGGCGACGUGUGUCAGGGACAGUGGAGCUGUCGGAUGAGGAGAGGGGGCUGCUGAAGGGGUGCACAUUGUCCGCAGUCAAGAGGCUGGUUAGGGGCAGACAGUGGUUUCGAUGGACAGAGUGGGAGACGGCACUGGCGGACUGUCCGGAGGAGGACUCAGGCGGGGAGGGGGAAACGCACUCCGAUUCACAGGAUGAUCAGGCGGCGGAUGCGCAUGGAGGCGCCGCCAAGGAGGUGGAUACGGAGAUUGAGAUGGGCGGGGUGAAGAAGGGUGUUCCUAAGGCGCAGGUUGGGAGGGGAACGCCGAAUGAGCUCAAUGAGGAGGAGGCGGAUACACUGGACGGAGUGGCAGAACAGGGGGUGGCUAGUGCGGCACAGGGAGCAUCGCAAGUGACGCCGCAGGCGGCGGUUUCGUCAAGCGUCGGCGCAGGAGAUGAGGAUGUCGGCAGCGACGGGGGAGGCGAGGAUGUUCCUGUCCGCUCCAAAGCGGUCGCGUCGGUUAUGGCGGACGAGAACCCGGCCGCGCACGACACGGCGGCGAAGGCGCCGAGGCCUUCGGUGCCGGACAACCCUUUCGUGGCGAUGCCGAGCGUGUCAGGGCAGCCGGCAAGUGGUUCUCGGCGUGAGGAGACGUCAACUAACGACAACGUCGUCAUUAGCCGCGCCGAGCUCGAGGCCCUGAAGGCGGCCAGAGACGACGGCGAACGGCGGAUUGCGCGCCUGGAGGCGUUGCUGCUGUCCGCACAGGAUCCCAGGACGCAUAACAAGAGGCAGAGAUGCUCCGAGGACGCUUCAUCCGCGGAGGGGGAUGAUGUGGAGGCGGAAGCGGAGCCCGCGCCGGUUCGCCGUGUGCGCAAGAGGCGCCAUAUGAUAGAGGCGAGCUCUCCCAUACUCCAUGAGGCAUUUGACUUCAUGCCGGCGGGCAAGGCGUGGAAGGUGAGGGUCCAUUGUCUCAUGCGGUUGCUCUGGCAGAAGCACUACUUUGUGCGGGAGUACCUGUUUAUCGAGCGGGGAAAUGAUGCUAUGACAUUCUACCCCAGCAGCUACGACAAGACACUGGGGUUAUGCUGGGUCACGCCACGGCUGACGCUGAAGUUUGCUGCUGUCGCGUUGGCGGCAGACAAAGGGCGACGCGAUGACUUGAACAAGAGUCUGAGCCAGUGGAAGACGGAGGUUGCAGGCCGUGUACGAGACAUUGCGCUGCCGCGCAUUGGACUGUGGCGCGACGAGCGGGAUGCGAAGAGUCCGUGGAGACGCAAGGAGGCCAGGGAGGCCGCGGAGGUGCGGACUCGCUAUCGCGUUCUGGACGACGUCAACGAGGAUCUAACACUGUCAACCUGGAGCGAGAGCAAGACCGGGAUGAUUUUUGCUGGUGGGGCAUUCACCGCGUGCGCCGCCACCGCAUUCCGGCCAAAGAAGGUCACAGGGACAGUGAAGGUGAAGCUGUACCAGUUGGCGUGGCUCGAGCACGUGGUGACGGACACCAUCCUGAACUGGGACAAGCGCAAGGGGCGUCUGUCAAAUUCAGCAGGCGGCAACGCGCAGGUGGUGAACGGGCUGCAGGAGGUAGCCGCUGCGGCAGUGGCUCAAGCGAUCCAGGAUUUCAAGCCAACGUACGAUGCAGACGAGGCGGCGUGGGUGUGGGGGGAACAUGGGUUGAUGCUGUCGUCGGAUGGGCUUGAGCACCUGGUUCCCGGCCGGUAUGCGCAUAGGGCUCCAGUGGCUGAUGAUAGAGCAUCAGUUUCCCUGUAA